UAUUCAUGCACAAGUAUUAGUAGUUUUAACUGGCGUUGCACCUUCUUCAAAUUGUCAGAAAGUAACAAUUAUUCUGCUGUUGUGUAUCCUCAUACUCUCUUCUAAGAUGUCUUCAUCUCUGGCUUCAGUCAGUGUGUCUGUCCUGCUUGUGACUUACAUCUGUGCUACUCCGAUCUCCAACAAGCCCAGAUACACUGAUAAUUAUCAUCAUAGUCACAUAUUCAGGGGCGCAUCAAGACCCGCCCACAGCCCCGACCAGAACAAUGCUGCGUACUGGCGCCACCAAGCACAGAGCACUCUGCGUGAGAAGCUGGCAAAACCGCUUCUGACAGGAAGAGCGAGGAACGUGAUCAUGUUUUUAGGAGACGGACUUUCUAUUCCAACCUUGGCCGCUGCUAGAACGUACCUUGGCCAGUCACAGGGACAAACGGGCGAGGAAACAGUCCUUUCCUUCGAAGCAUUCCCCCACACAGGUCUCUCAAAGACCUACUGUGUGGACAGUCAAGUUGCAGACUCUGCGUGCAGCGCCACGGCCUACCUGAGUGGCAUAAAGGCUAAUAUUGGCACCAUCGGAGUGACGGGAAAUGUGAAAUUGAAUGACUGUCCGGCCAUGCUGGAAGCGGCUAACAGAGUUACUUCUAUCCUGAAGUGGUCGCAGGACGCUGGUAAGUCUACGGGAGUGGUGACAACGACGCGCAUCACGCAUGCGUCACCCGCCGGUGCUUAUUCUCAGACCGCCAACAGGAACUGGGAGAACGAUGCUGAAGUCAAGAACUCCGGCCAGGACCCAAACAAGUGCGACGAUAUCGCGAAACAACUAAUCACCAGUCUCCCCGGCAGAAAUAUAAAGGUGAUACUGGGAGGUGGUCGCAAAGAAUUCCUGCCGACGAACGCAACAGACGAAGACGGCAAACGCGGUGCCCGAACAGACGGCCUGGAUCUGAUUGCCGAAUGGAAAUCGGAUAAGAGGAGACGCAGGGCUAGUUUCCAGUACGUCUGGAACAGGGAGCAACUGCUCAGGGUUAAUCCCGAGAGGAAGGACUUCGUGCUCGGUUUGUUCAAUAGUGACCACUUGGAAUACCAUUUGUUGGCUAACACGACCAAGGAACCCACCCUCGAGGAACUUACUAGAUUUUCCAUCAGAAUUCUAAGAAAGGAACCCAGGGGCUUCUUCCUCUUUGUCGAAGGUGGACGUAUUGAUCACGGCCACCACGACACGAAAGCACAUUUAGCCCUGGAUGAAACAGUGGAAUUUGCGAAAGCCAUAAAGGCAGCAACAGACAUGACGCGUGAAGAGGAAACCCUGAUUGUCGUCACAGCCGACCAUGCACAUACCCUGAGCAUCAGUGGUUACCCCGCUCGCGGAAACGACAUCUUCGGUAUCUCUGGGAAAUCUGAUGUUGAUAAACUCCCAUAUUCAACCAUUUCUUACGCCAAUGGCCCAGGAUACAAACAACCGCUACCGAAUGGCUCCAGGUAUAACAUUUCCCAGGACAACCUAGCGGAUGUUAAUUACAAGUUCCCAGCAACGUUGCCUCUGAGUAGCGAGACCCAUGGAGGAGAUGACGUCGCAGUGUUUGCCAGAGGGCCUUGGAGUCAUCUGUAUGCGGGCACAUUUGAGCAGAACUUCAUUCCCCACGUCAUGGCCUACGCCUCUUGUGUUGGCAAUGGGCGAACAGUAUGCGACGUGUACAGGCCUUAUUAAUAAAGUAUUAUUCUUGUUCCACGAUAGUAAGCAAGGUGUGUUGAACAUAAUGUUCUAUGUAAAAAUUAUCCUAAAUAUGAACUACAUGA